AUGAUUCAGAAUGACUUGGUGCAUGGAUGGGGUUUGGAUUUUGCACUUAGAAGAUGUGUAGAGCCUGCACAUGAAAAAAUCGGUGUGGUUGAUUCGCAAUGGAUCUUGCAUCAACAUAUUCCUUCAUUAGGGGGGCAGGGUGAGUAUGAGAAGGGAAAAGCUCCACGGGAAGGGGUAAAAGAUAGGUGCAAAAAUGAGUGGGCACUAUUUCAAGAUCGACUUGUGAGUGCUGAUAAAGCUUACUUGAAGCAGAAUAGGACUAAACUUUGAUUUUAUAUUUAUUUUUAUAAUUUUGGUGGGCUAAUCAUUUUUGUACAAUAGGCAAUGAUGUUUUUAGCUUUUGUACAUAUAUAAAAAAAUACCAAAUACUUAAUUAAAUAUGUGGUUUGUUUGUUUUCUUUCCUGAUCGAAUAUGUGUAUGUUCAAUAAAUGUU